AUGCGGCUGCGGACGAAGCGUGGUCUGAUCAGCUUGAUCUCAUCAACGCGGGAGUAUGUCAUAGCCGAGGCAACGAGAUCUCUGUCUCUCGAGUCCGGGUUUCCUGAAGACGAUGAAGGGGACGAGCUAUGGUUCGGAAAUGCUUCGAUGCCAAGAGAUCAAGGAAUCUCAUACCAUGCCUUGAAUCCACCACAGUAUGUGGCUACGGAUACCCGUGGCCGAACACAUACUACCGAUGCGCUGAUCAUACCCGACUUGCGCAAACACAUGGACUUGAAAGAUCAUCCUCUUGCUGGACACGGUGCGACAUUCUAUGCCGGAGUACCCCUGGUCUCGAAAUCUGGACACCACAUCGGAGUCUAUGCUCUCAUUGAUGAUUGUCCAAGACCGGCAAUCUCAAGGGUUGACCUACUCUUCAUGCAGGAAAUGGCGCGCGUGAUACAAGCACAUAUUGAAAUGGUCUACAACGAUGCUGCUCGGCAUCGUGGUGAGAAGCUUGUCAUGGGACUGGGAAGUUUUAUGCGAGGUCUUACAUCCGUGCCCGCGUCCGAGGGAGAGGCCAAUCGCGCCAAUCCGCGUGAAGGCAACCCAGACCCCUCUUUCCAAGACGUCGCUCGACAGUUCAAGGGGAUGGCAGUAACUGAUGCCGACCCCAGCGCCCUCCGCGAAGUGCAGAACUCGCGAAUGGAUGACACGCCUGCUGCGACUCCUCAGCCGGGAGAUAGUGGAUCGCGUCAGGAUCACGAGUCCUCGGGCUUAGCUGCAGGCACAAAGCCAGCCCCGGAAGCAGCGAUGCCCAAUCUACGUGAUGAUCUGACCGCGGCACCAGCACGUCCAAGUGCCGUUCAGCGCCUGUUCGGGCGAGCCGCAAACAUCCUCCGGCAGUGCACACUGGCUGACGGCGUGAUAUUCUUCGAUGCUGCCACAGUCAGCCUCAGAGACGCACGAGGAUCCUCCUUCCACCACAAGUCAAUCAGCAGCAGUGACAAGAACAGAAGCGAUAGCUUGAGCGCAUCGUCCGAUAAUGUGGACCACACCAGUAGUUCUGGAGAGUCAGAGGGCACCUUGACAGGUCAUAAACGACAGAAAGCGGCGAAGCAGACAUGUGGCGUCCUGGGGUCCUCUCUAGAUGUAUCAAUGGCUUCGACAGCAAAUGUUGGGACGAUUCAAACCCUUGGAGUGACAGACCGGGUGCUACGACGUUUCAUUCGUCGCUAUCCGAGGGGCAAGGUCUUCUGCUUCACAGCAGAGGGGGACAUUUCAGCUAGUUCGGGCGCCGGUGAUUCUUCCGACUCUUCCGGAAUUGCUCAGACAGAACGAACAAUCGCGACAGAACUAAUUCAGGCGAUGCCAGGUGCCAGAAGUGUUCUCUGGAUGCCGCUGUACGAUCAUAACAAGAACCGGUGCAUCAUGAUGUCUCUGAUGCGCCUUGAUGCGAAAGCCUCGGAAGAUGCGAAGAGCACCUUCAUCGCCAACAUCUCCCACGAAUUGCGAUCUCCUCUUCACGGCAUUCUUGGCAGCACAGAAUUUCUACAGGAGACUGUACUAGACGGCUUCCAAUCUUCCAUGGCUCGUGCUGUUGAGACUUGCGCUAAGACUUUACUGGAUACCGUCGAGCACGUAUUGGAUUACUCCAAGAUUAAUCAACUUUCGAGCGAGUCUUCUCGCAGGCAACGGAGACGACUUCUGAGACGUACUACUUCAGAAGACGCUGCUGCACAGAAGGUAUCGGCGGCAAGUCUUGUCCGCGACGUGGACCUUGCAAAUGUUGUGGAAGAGGCCAUCGAAGCGGUGUUUACGGGCUUUGGCUACAAAUAUGACAUGGAUCAUGCAUCAGACACACCUUCGGGCCAUGCCUCGGCCAAAAGCAGGAGUGCCAAUGUGCGCGUGCUUCUUGAUGUAGAGAGGAAUGAUGACUGGCACGUACAAACGGAACCAGGGGGCAUAAGAAGGAUCCUGAUGAACAUCGUCGGGAAUGCGUUGAAGUACACGAGUGAGGGCAGCAUAACGAUCUCCAUGACCGGGCACGAUGAAUAUAACGACGAAAAAAGGUGCAAAGCGGUGUGUUUCAAGGUUCGAGACACAGGCCAUGGCAUGAGCAAGGCAUUCCUACGAGACCACGCCUUCACCCCGUUCAGCCAGGAGUCAUAUCUGUCCGUCGGCACCGGCUUGGGUCUGAGUAUUGUCCGCCAGAUCGUGGACUCUCUCCAUGGCCGCAUUGAGAUUGAUAGCGAGAAAGGCGUCGGGACUGAGGUCACUAUCCAUCUCACCUUGCCGCGAAUGUCACUUUCUCCGUCAUCGUCGGGCCACGAUGAUGUCUUGAAAGAUGUUCAGACUCGGACCCAGGGAAAGACGGCGUGCAUGCUUAUUCCCAGCUCUUACGAACCAACGGCCAAGGAGGGAGAUGCAAAGCCUGUUCAGUCAUCCUUGCACAAACUAGCGACCAGCUGGUUCGGUGUGAACACCACUGAAGCGGCCACUAUGACGGACCAGGAAGCCGACUUCUUCAUAUAUCCCGAGCCACCGCCAAUCUCGCAUCUUAUCGAACACCACGGUCACUCGCGCACCGACAAAGAAGUGCCAUUGAUCAUACUGACUACUAACGCGUUCGAAAGCGUAGAGCUGGCCUCGCAAGGCGUGAGUCGACUUUCUGAACUGGGAAGGGUCAUCGAGAUCAUCUCGCAGCCAUGUGGACCCCACAAAUUUGCAAGUGCCUUGCAUCGAUGUUUCUCCAGGCUUGAUACGCUUGACGACUCGAGGUCAGACCGGCCGGCGUUUGACGAGACAGCAAACGAACACGUUCAGGACCACAACAGUCGAGCACAGGGCUCUGACAGCGCAACAUCAAACCAUGCGACGGAAAGGUCAAUGACGCCACCAGCAGCCGAAGUACCUACCACAAAAGCGUCCCCGAAGCGACCCCGGCUGGCGAAUCGGCAAACAGAGGGCGUACCGAUGAGCAUCGACACGAGUAUGCAGUCCACGCAAUUGGACAGCACUGGGAAGCGUCACAGUCUGUCGGCAGGAUCGACUCCUGCCUGGUCAGCUGACCCUACCUCGCCGAUGUCGCAAAGCCGAGACGCCAAGGACAGCAAUGAUACGUCGCCAGUCCUUGUUGUUGACGACAAUCAUGUCAAUCUGCAAUUACUCAUGGCAUUCGUCAAGAAGUCCGGUCGCCCAUACGCUACAGCUGCCGAUGGGCUACAAGCGGUUCAAGCCUAUGAGAGUGCCCUACAUGCCACACCACAGACGAAACCGUUCAAGUAUGUUGUAAUGGACAUCAGCAUGCCUGUCAUGGACGGCAUCGAGGCCACGCGGCAGAUCCGACAGCUGGAGAAGAAGCGCGGUCUUCGGCGUGGGGAGGGCACUGCGAAGAUCAUCGCUCUUACAGGUCUGGGAGCGGAUACGACCAGAGGUGAGAUGCUUAGGGCUGGAGCGGACUACUACCUUUGCAAGCCUGUACGAUUCAAGGAACUCAUGGCGCUUUUCGAUGAGGACGCGGAAAGGUAG